GCGACUUUCCAUCUGGAAUCGAAAGGAAAUGUCGAGAGGUUACUGAUUCCCAGAAUGCCGAUAACAUAAUGUUAUCUUAUCUUUUAUUAUCAGGUUUGUUUCUAACCUGUUUGCCUGAGCCCUCUACUUCGUUUUAGUAGUGAUCUGGAGUCUCAUGCGUUCGGACAGGGUUUGAGAAAGCGAAUAAUUUUUAAUUUUGGUGAAAUGGCUGCUGUUCAGGGACUAGUAAUGGGUGUGAAUACCAUGCUGAUCACGUUCAUGGAAAGCCGAAGGCAGCGACAAGUGGAGAAACUGAAGGAGGCAUUUGGACGUGUGAAGAAAGAUAGCGUUGGUACUUCUCGUAUCAAAUCAACUGCCCACUGUGCCGAACCUACAUAUGAAACAGUUGCUGGCACUAAAAGGUAGACUCAAAAGCAGAAUGUUCAUAGUUCAACGGCCCUCGGAGUCAUCGAACUUUACUAGUCGGGACCAGGAAGAAAUCUCCUGGUCCGUAUCUACUGUGAUAAAUACGUACUUAUUACUUCAUAUGUGUUGUGUGGUGUUUCUAUAGUAGCGAGAACUUCUUGAGUGAAGCGGAUUGAGUGAGUGAAAGUAUACAAUAUUUUGAGUGUUCUCUGACAAUAUCUAUUGUAUCCACGAUUGAACACAUUACUUGAAAAGCUACUAAUUUAAUUGUGUGAUACAAAGACUGUGUAGUGUGUGGACAUUAAUUAUAUUAAAUUUUAUAUCUUCCAGUAAUUCAAAAUAAUUAUUUACGUAAAAUGUCAAAAUUUCAAGUUUAUUUAUCAAUAAAAUAUAUUUUUCAAAUGUGUA